AUGGCUCAUCCAGUCACGAUUUCAACAUGUUCGUUAAACCAAUGGGCUCUUGACUUUGAAGGAAAUCAUAAUCGGAUCUUGGAAUCUAUUCGAAUUGCUAAAGCGGCUCAAUCUAGAUUAAGAAUCGGACCUGAACUUGAAAUCCCUGGAUAUGGAUGUUUUGAUCAUUUCUUAGAAAGUGAUACAGUUACUCAUUCUUGGGAAGUUCUUGCAAAACUACUGGUUCAUCCGGAUACACUUGAAAUACUAUGUGAUGUAGGAAUGCCAGUGAUGCAUAAAAACGUUUUAUAUAACUGUAGAAUACUUUUCUUUAACUCGAAAAUCGUACUGGUAAGACCUAAGAUGUGGAUGGCAAAUGAUGGAAAUUAUAGAGAAUUACGUUAUUUUAGUCCUUGGGCUGAAACUAGAAAAGUUGAAGAAUUCGUUUUACCAAAGUUCAUUAGAUUAUUGACUGGUCAAACUACUGUUCCGAUUGGUAAUGCGAUUGUGAUGACAGAAGAUAGUUCGAUCGGAAUUGAAUCAUGUGAAGAGCUUUUUACACCUAACUCACCUCAUAUUGGAAUGAGUCUUGAAGGAGUUGAAAUCAUUUUGAAUUCUUCGGCUUCUCAUCAUGAAUUAAGGAAAUUACAUACUCGUAUAGAUUUAAUUAAAGAAGCUACACUAAAGUCCGGAGGAGCAUACGUUUAUGCAAACCAAAAAGGAUGUGAUGGUGAUAGAUUAUACUAUGAUGGUUGUUCUUUGAUUUCUUUAAAUGGUCAAAUCAUCUCACAAGGAUCUCAAUUCUCUUUACAAGAUAUCGAAGUGGUUACUACUACUAUUGAUCUUCAACUAAUCAGAUCUCAUCGAAUUAAUAAAAACUCUAGAUCUUCUCAAGCUUCUAGAUCUUUUGAACAUCAUCAAUUUGAUAGGGUUUGGGUUAAUAUGGAACUUGGUAGUUUCGAUCCUAAUGUAAAGGUUGGUAAUGAAAAUGAAGUUAGGUAUCAUACUCCUGAAGAAGAAAUUGCACUUGGACCUGCUUGUUGGUUAUGGGAUUAUUUAAGAAGAAGUGGAAUGAGAGGGUUUUUUGUACCAUUGAGUGGUGGAAUUGAUAGUUGUGCAACUUCGAUGAUCGUCUAUUCGAUGUGUUUAUUAGUCACCAGAGAAGCAAGGUUAGGAAAUCAACAAAUGAUUGAAGAUGCUAGAAGGAUUGUAGGAGGAUCAAAAGAUUAUAUUCCAUUAGAUUCAAAAGAGUUUUGUAAUAGGAUCUUUCAUACUUGUUAUAUGGGUACCGAAAACUCAAGUCCUGAAACACGUAAAAGAGCAAAAGAUUUAGCUUUAGAUAUUGGAGCGUAUCAUUUGGAUUUACAUAUGGAUACAGUUGUGACUGCUAUUUUGUUUCUUUUUACUUUAGUGACUCUUCGUACACCACUUUUCAAAAUCAAUGGUGGUACUUCAACUGAAAAUCUAGCGUUGCAAAACAUUCAAGCUAGAUUGAGGAUGUUAUUGAGUUAUAUGUUUGCUCAACUUUUGCCUUGGGUUAGAGGUCUUGAUGGUGGUUUGUUGGUCUUAGGUAGUGCGAAUGUAGAUGAAAGUUUAAGAGGUUAUAUGACUAAAUAUGAUUGUUCAAGUGCUGAUAUCAAUCCGAUUGGUGGGAUUAGUAAAACUGAUUUAAAGAGGUUUAUUGGAUUCGCUGAAAAGAAAUUCGAAUUACCAAUUUUAAAUCAGUUUUUGGAUGCUGUACCUACUGCUGAAUUAGAACCCAUCACAGAAAACUAUGUUCAAUCAGAUGAAGUUGAUAUGGGAAUGACUUAUGAUGAAUUAUCAAUUUAUGGAAGGCUAAGAAAAAUUGAAAAAUGUGGACCAUUUAGUAUGUUUAACAGAUUGAUACAAGAAUGGGGUACGAUUCUUAGUCCAAAUGAAAUUGCGGAAAAAGUUAAAUUCUUUUUUAGUCAAUAUGCUAAAAAUCGUCAUAAGAUGACGACUUUAACUCCAAGUUAUCAUGCUGAAACUUAUUCACCUGAUGACAAUCGAUUUGAUUUAAGACCAUUUCUUUAUCCAGUUAAGUUUGAUUGGCAAUUUAAAGCAAUUGAUAGAUUAGCUUCAGAAAUCCCAGAUGAAAGUUUGAAAUUGAAAGAUAAAGUAGAAUGAAUUUCCAGU